AUGGAUUUAAUUUUUAUUUUGUAUUGUAUUGUAUAUACUGACAUGUUCUACACCAUUGAGCAAUUGCUCAUUCAUGGUCGACGGAACGCAACUAUAAAUAAAAAUAAAAAAAUAAAAAUAACGCUUGGACCGUAGUGAUGUAUGAGGAUGAGUGAGCUAAGUAGCUGUGUACUCCUUGGCCAUGUGGGCUGAACAUCUGGCAACGCUGGCUGCGGGAGCGCUUUCUCUUUCCGAAGGUCUUUCUCCCUCUAAUUCCCCUCCUUCGGACAGUAGUGCGUUAGUAGUCGGCUAGCUGUAGGAUUGAAGUGAGUGUUGUGCUGGAGUGUGGUGUCUUUGUAUUGACUAUGGAUUACAUGUAAACAAAACAAAAUGGAUACUUCAAGAAAGUGUUCAGAAAAGAUUGGAAAAGCUAAACUCACUAGAAGUUUAAGGACUUGGUUGUUGAGCUGUGGUGGUCGACAAAACCGAAGGCGCCAUUUGGAGAAGGUAGACCUACAUUUUUUGUGUGGGCAUGAUUACGCAAUGUUUUGUUUUUUUACGUGCGCGACUGCGCGUUCUACAAGAAUCCAAUGCGUAGUCCUCUGGGAGCGGGGAAUACGAAGAUAUUCAAGAAAACAAUUUUUAUUCUUUUCUGAAAGUUUAGUGUGGGCAACAAUUCGUUGCGAGAAACACUUGUGGAAUUGGGAAACGUACAGACAAUGAAGAAGGCAAUAUUCCAACUCUCUAUGAGAUGUGAGGUAUCAGUGGAGAAACUCACACAAGAGGAAAUCAACAAGUAUUCAAAGAGGAACAAACAUCAUAAACCGAAAAGGAAACUGACUUUUGUUCAUGAUGGGCUGAAUAAGAAGCGGAAGAUAAGAUCACUGCCACACCAGUCAGCAUGUGUCAGCAAGCUACAAAAUGGAAGUGGUUUUAUUUGUCAUACAGGAAAUUUUGCCCAUUCAAAUGUAACCAAUGGUUUACCUGCACCACAUUUGGAACAAGAUCACCAAAAUAAAGCAAGUUUGGGUUUGGCUGUGAACGAACCUCAGGAACUACAUGCUUCACAGAGUGUACCUAGUUCUGUUUUGAACAUCCAAAGAAAUGGAAUGACACUUCAAAGUGAUGGAACAGACUGGAACAGGAAUUGUGUGGGUAUAAAUAGUUUGUCUGUUGUAUCACCGAACCCGGGGAUGGAUACAAGUAGGCUGCAGGAUUAUACAGAUGUGUCAUCUGGAGGAACCAUCAGCACAGAAAUGCAGAAAAAGAUAAACAUGAAAACAUUAAGUGAAAAAUUUCAAAUAACUGGAUUAGAAAUCAAGCCAGCGAAAGCAGUGCCAACCUCUACGAAUGGAGUCCAUAAUACUUGGGGACGAAGUGUUUCUCUGGAUAUCAAACCAUCUUAUUUGCUGAAGACAACUGAAGCAGAAAUUAACAGCAAUAACACAAUGAGUUUAAAGCCAGCAUCCUCUGGGAAAUGUGAAAAUAGUUUGUCAGAUGGAUCAAAAAAAUCUUAUGCUGUUAUGCAUGCUGGUAAAAUGCAAGCUCGCUCUAAUAACAUUUUGUCUCAUCCAGCCACAUCAAACACUGGUGCAACAGCCAAUAUGUCUAUUGAAGAUGCAGCAGUGGCCCAACUUCCACCCGGUACAACACUGACAUUGCAAUCCAUUUCUGCCAAGAAGGUGCCAGUCACCAAUGAAAACAGUGCCAGCUACCCUGUGUUUGACAAAAAAUCAAAUACAUACAAAUAUUCAAGUGAUAGGUCCUCUUCAGUAUCAAAAGAAAAUUGUAAUGGGAGAGUUGGGGUCAGUAAUGAUCAUCCUAAGAAUAAAAAUUUCCAUAAAAAUGAAUCAAUUAAUAAUAUUACUUUUCACACUGAUAAGUUUGCUACUGAAAAACCUAAAAAUAACAGGGUUUUGCUGUCAUCAGAUUCCCAAACAAAAAUCAGUGAUGUCUUUAUCAAGACUGAAGUAGAUCUAAAUAAUCCACAUUUUGUGCUGAAUGUACAAGAGAACUCAGUUAUUCGUAACCCUUCCCUCAGUAACCAUAUACCAGAAUCUCCUCAAACAUAUUUAGAUAUGCCAGAUAUAUCAGAUAAAAUUUCAAGUUCCACUUCUAAGCUAGUUUCUCACGUUUGGAAAAGAAGCAAUAGUGAAACACACAAAAUGAGUAAAUUUAUUCCACUUCAAAGAAGGCAUUCUCUUGAUCAGUACAGCGAUGGUGGGCAACGUUUCUUGGAGUAUCCCAUGCAACUGCAAAAAGAUAAGACCAUUAAACAUCCUGAUUCUACACAAUACCAUCACAGACAACGGCCUAACAUUUUUAGGAAAACACACGUGUUGGAGCGCAACGUAAAUUGUGGUAGUGCUUCAAACAAAACUGAUUGUAUGCUUUCUUCCCAAACUUUAUCAAAAGAUUUGCCUGGUUCUGCAUCACAGGCUGAUUGUGCCAAUCACAUAGAAGGAAAGGAAAAGCACACAUCUGUACAAAUCCAACAAAAUUCAGCCCAGUACAAUUCCAACAGCAUGAUGCCAAGUCAAAGUAAAAAUGUCCAAGUCAAAAAUGAGGACUGUGAAGAAAAUCCAGAGGAAAGUACGUGCAAAGAAACAAAAAUAUUAUCUGUUGUUAAUUCAUCUAGAAGCAAAUGCCUUUCAAGAAGGCAUUCUUCUUGCACUUCUAACCAUUCUUCACUGAAAAAGAAAUUGAAGCUUUUAUUUGGUGAAAGUGAUGAAGAUAUUGUAUUAGACGACAACUGCCCUUCACCUGAAAAGAUUUUUAGAAGACUUUCAAACACAAAUUUUAACAUGUCCUCUCCAACACAUGAAGUUUCAAAGAUCAGCACAAGUAGUAAACCAUCAAUAUCUGAAAAUUUAACUCUUGAUGCAGGAAAUUUGGUGCAGUUAGAUCUCAGCGGUUCAAGCAUUGAUAAAUUAUUUCCAAGUGCUGCUGAUAAUGAAGGUGGUAAUUCAGAUAAAAUACAAAUUCUUCCUCACCUAGAUGACAUCAAUUCCAAUCUAACUACUUUGGAUGCUAUUGACACUCAUAAUGGUCAAAAUCAUGCAGAGCAAACAGAUUCUAUGGAAAUACAUUCAGAAUCAUUUAUACAGAAUGAUGUUCUGCCAAUUCCUAUUUUAACACAAUGCAUUACAACAGAGAACAGUGGAAGUAGUGAUACAUCAGAGAAAACUCAGCUGCACUUACAGUCUGCAGUUAGUGAUUCCCUUGAAAAUGUAAUUUUAACACAUUCCUCUGUAAACUUGUCUGAAAUAAAUGAUGCUGUUACUACAAAUAAUGAUUUAGAGUCAAGUGGUUCUGCCAAAAUUCAGCCAGAUGAUCCACAAAGUAAAUGUGAUGGUCUUUUAAACAAUUCUGCAUUGUUCGAUGAAGUUUCAACAGAUAAUGCUGAGUUUCGUGGUUUCCAGACACAGUUGCCUUCUGGUAAUGAUGUAGUUACCCCGAAAAUUCCCUCGGAAAAUGUACCUCAUUAUCCGCAAACACAGAAGACUUCUGAAGCAAAUGGCUGGGUUCAUUGCAGAUCAGGUGAAAUGUUGUCACCCGUGAAAUCUGCUGUACUUGAGGUGUCCAUUAAAGUACUUGAUGCAGCACAUAGUGACAGGCUCAGCUUGGAUGUCAGUCAAGUUCUUGAAACCAAUAAACCUGGUGGAACUGGAUCACCCCUUGAUUUGGAUUGUAACAAUCAUGCUCGGCCAUCCAACAGUACAGAUCCAUUUGAUGGAAAUGAUGCAAGCAUGGUCUCAGAUGUGCAGGCCCAACAGCCAGAAAAUAAUGAAUCUACCAUAGCAGCUCCUAUGAUGGAGGCACAGUUGCCUGCAUGCUCAGAGGAUAAUAGUAUAAGCAAUAGCUUGAAUGAGAGUUCUAGCUCAGAAAAUGUCUAUGAGAUAAAAGAGUCAGCAGGUACAUUGUCAACUGAAGUACAGAGUGAAAUAGUCAAAAAUAUGUCUGUCUGUGAAAAUGUUGCCACUGUAGAUUCUGCUGGACCAGUAGAACAGGUGAAACCAUUAUGUUGUACCAAAGAUAGUAUUAGUGAAACGGUGGAAGUGAUUGCUCCACAUUUGCCAGUUAAACAGGAGAUUAAUUGUGAUAAAAUUAAAAAUAACUUGUGUGAAGCAGACGGUGGUUAUACAACUGUAAAUGAUCCUCUGCCUUUGAAUAGUGAUGUUGAGGCUGCAAAAGAGAUUGUUGACUGUCCCUCUCACCAUGAGCGAGGAAAUUCUAUUGGAAUGUCAUCUGCUCUGAGUGUAGCUAACUGUCUAAGUUCUAAUCACUUGAAAGAAAGAAUGGAAAAAGUGAAUUCAUCUGUUACAGUCACUGCACAGAAUUGCCUGAAUCAAAAUGUGACUAAUUCUCCAGUAAUGGAUAGUCAAAUUCCUCAGGGGAAUCUCGACCAAGAAAUAGUUGCAAGAAACGAUGCUGUUGAAGCUGCUCCUGUGAACGCGAAUGUUCAACCUGGUUCUCCGAAGAAUAUUGUUCCAAAUGAUCCUGCUCCAAAUAAUUGUCAUAUUGGAACCAUACGAGUGAAAGAUGUUAAUUCUUUGGUUGAACCUGCAUUAGCAAGAGUACAGCAGUAUGACUUUAAUUCCAAGGCAUUUGAAAAAUUCACUGUUGUUGUUUUCACAAUAUUGCAGAACAGAAGUCGUUUUAUUCAGCGCCAGGCAGAAGCACAGAUGUUACCAGAAGAGUACAGUAAGAUUGAGUAUGAAUCAGCUUUAAGAGACUAUACAGUUACUCUCUAUGGUCGGGAAUUGAUGUUCACUGAUUUUGUAUUAGAAAAUUAUGGUUCAUUGACAGAAGAAAUAUGCAUGGCAACUUUAUCAAGAAUUGAAUCUGUGUAUGGUAAAAAAUAUUCAUAUGAUGAUUUUCAGAUUUGUUUAAAGGACCUCAAUAAGUUGAGAAUCAAUCGUUUAACACAGGAAUAUAAAAAAAAAUGUGAAAGAAACUCUGUGUCUGGGAAAGUUGAUUCAAGACCGUGGGGAGUGGAUUCUACAGAUAAUUCAACCCAUUCCAAACCUAUUGGUGUUCAUCAAGAGUCUGGUAAUGUUUCAGACAGAGUUAAUAUAAAUUAUGUUAACCACCAGAUGCCUGCUGUAGAGCCUCAGCCACAGUUCCGUGCACUAGAUCAACACACCAAUGCAGUUGGCAAUACCAGUGUUGUGAAAAAGCCCUUAAAAACUUAUUCUCGGGCCUCUCUUUUGGGAACACUUCUAGAAGAUUCUAAUACACAACAGAAUUCACAAAUGCAAGGCUUUAGCAGCAGUAGUAAUCCAGUCGGUAUUCAGCAACACACAGUAAGCUUGCUUUCAAAUGUAUUGCAAUCUAGAACAAACACUGUAUCAGUUGUGAAUAAAACUGUUCAUAAUGUUGAGUCAACUCAGAGUAGCGGUAAUCUCUUGAAGACUGCCUCCAAUGUGGCUAGUGGAAAAAAAGGAAGCACAACCACAUAUCAUAACCAUGCCCAGCCCCAACAUAUUCAGCAGCUACAGAAUGAAAAAUCUUCUAUGGACUACAGAAGGAAACAACAAGAACUACAAGUCACUGCCUACAGACCUACUGAAAAUGGAACAUCUGUUAUUACUCAGGCAAAUAGGCCUCUUGGGAAUAUGCAUUACGUAAACACUGAAAUUGGCCUUGCUACUAUAUCCAUAGGAAAGGAAGCUACAACUACUCCAGUUUUUAAUUACCCUGCUAAUGCACAACUGACUACACGGAACAGAUACGAACCAUCACAGUUGAUAAGUAAUGUUACUGGUAAAAAUCAAAACAGGCAGCUUGCAUCAAAGGAAGCUGUUACGAACCAACCACGUGUUCCAAAUUCAGCAUAUUCAAAGAACAAUGACAUGGCAGUUUCUGGUGCAAGUAGCCAAAGAGUUGUUAGUAAAGCAAUCACUUGUAGUGGCAAUAACUCUCAAUCUGUUUAUAUUGAGCAGUUGCAGUCAACAGUGAAUCAUUACACACCAUACAUAGGCACAUCACAGGUGUAUUGCCCACCAGUUGUGCAAGCUACAUAUAAAAGCACAGAUCCUACUGCACAGGCUUACCAGUCAACUGUGACUCACCAUCAAGCUUCAGGUGUGCUUCCCACCUACGACGAGGUAUUACGUACCAAACAAUUCACUCAAAACCUUUGUUCAUCAUACACACAGCCGUUUUCAACAAAUGUUGGUCAACAGCUACAGCAUUCUACUGCGGCACCUGUUAAUCAUACAUCAGAGCAAUUGAAUAACAUCCAUCCCCAUCUAGCGAACGAGAACUUGUAUUCGACUAGUACCGUGAGGAGUUCUCAUAAUUUGUCGAGCAGUCCGUACCAAGCACAGAAUUAUUUGCAACACAGUAAUCUCGCAAAUAAUGUUUCACAGGUCCAAAGCAAUUCUUUUCCAAAUGUGUCGCAGAUGCAAAGCAAUGCUUUUCCAAAUAAUAUUUCGCAGGUCCAAAGCAAUACUUUUCAGCAAUAUUCAAGCUUGCCUUCCCAACAGUACGCAGUCAGUAGUAGUCAACAGGUUAAUAAUUUUCGGCAGAAUGUUGCCCUGAAUACUUACCAUCUCGGUCAGGUAUCUAACAGGCAGUAUACUCCCAACAUAUCUCAGCAGACUGCUUCAGCUGCCUAUCAGUUGUACCAGAGAGGCGCCACAGCACCCAACGUGUCCCUGGUUCCUAGCGGUCACCUGCAGGCCAGUUCGCUCGGUCGGCCCGGUGCCGCAGAGAACGCCAGGCAGGCAGCGUACGGCCACCCCACCGGUGCUGCUGCCCAGGUGACGGCCGACGCCCUCCGCCAGCAGGCCGCUGCGCUGGAACUGCAAAAGCUGCUGCUCACGAGCGACGCAUCGAAAAGUGCGCAGAGGGUUGCGAGGAGAGCACAGCGUGCGUCCCUUGGACAGCAAAGUGCGCAGAGGGCAGCGGGUUCGAACUAUGCGGUGGGUGAACAUCAGGCAGUGCAGUCGGGAGGUUCCUCGGUGGACCAUCAGCAGUAUCAGCAGCAUGCGCUGCCCGGGCAAGCAAGCUACGCUGCCAGCUCCAGCGUGGGGUUCGUUCCCCCUCCUGAGCAGGUCGCGGCAGCUGCGGACAAUAACCUGGAUGACGUUAUUUUGGUUUAUGAGCAACGUUCAAAUGAACCAAGGACUGUAUCGCGAGAUAGUGGCUACACCACUCCUUCGCCCAGGGUUGCGACAAAUGCUGUUACAAACGUAAUUGAUGCGAUGGAUUGUGAAGAAUCGGUGAUGUCAGCGUUCCGUGCUGUGCAGGGAAAGGUCGUGAAGGUGGAGGGGGAGAUGAAGUGCGUGCGGUGUGGGGAAACUGCGCGGGAACUCUGCUCGGCAUGCCGUGUUGCAUCCUACUGCAGCAAGCUGUGCCAGCUUACAGACUGGGAAUCUAACCACUAUGCAGUUUGCAACAGUCUAUCUUCUGUAUCAGAGAAGAUGAAUGUUUCGUAGUGAGGUUCCAAAUUUUGACUGUUAAAUAACUUUUAUAGAAGUUGUAAUGUUUUGUAUUUAUAGUGAAAGACUUGUGUUUGUAUGCAAUAAUGCCACGUUUUACUUUGAAACUGUGAAAUAAACACAUUGUAACUGUUGGAUCUCAUUAAAUUUAACAGGCAUUUUAAAUUACAUUUUUUGAAUGUUGAUAUUCGGGCAUUAAUGUAAUAAAGAAAAAUCUUUUUACAGAAAUUACUGUUAGAAUAGUGUUCAAAUGGUAAUAUUAUAUAAAUAUAUGUAGUUUGCAUUCAAAUGUAGUAGUUCUUUGUCACAUUUUGUCUUAUUGUGAUGAAUGCCCAUUUUUAGCACGUGUUAAAAUCAAAUGAAAUUUACGUGAAAGAAUACAAUGUUUACACAUUGCAAUAUAUGUUUUUAUGUUAAUGUAAAUGUAUUAGGAAUAGUGUGGGUUUUGUUAUGUUAACUUAUGUUACUAAAACCCAAGAAGUACCUGCCUCUUUGUAGAGCUAGAAAUAGAAUUUUAAUGUUCUUUAAUGUUGUUACAAUAUGUAAAAAAAGACUUAAUAGGCAACUUAGAAAUCUGUAGAUGGUAUAGUCAAUCGUGGAAUUACAAAUGCAACUUUUAUCUUAAGCUGGAAAAUCACAAUUUCACAAAUGUUGACAGGAAGUUAAUAACUGAUGUGUGGUUAAUUCCUUGGCAUAAUUCUUGUGAUAUUGUUAUUAUUACUGUAUUAGAAUUCAUUAUGUUCUAUAUCUUUUCACUGUGAAAAAAAUUAUUUCACUUAAAAUAACUUGUUCGGGAGUUAAAUAAUUUUUUUUUUUAAGUUGUAUUUGUGGUUCCUAUUUUAGUAUACCUAUAUUAUGUAAACAAUCAUUGUGUAUAAAGUCCUGAUGAUGUAAUGGAUUUUAUGUUUAGUAAUCUAGUGUUUUCAAAUAAUUGUUCUUGACAGAGUUGUUCAUCCAAAUUAUAUAUUGUUAAGUUUUACAAAUAUAUUUUUUAUUUUAAAAGUUCUUUGCUAGAGUAACAUAUUAAACAUUUCUAGUAAAUAUUUCAAUAAAAUUUGUACCAUCAGUAAUCAAAAUUAUUGGGCUUACACAUUCUGUUUUAUCUUCAGUUACGUUCUGUGCAUUUGUGAAACAUUAAUAUAGGUAACUAAAACAAAACCUGUAUUAAGCUGCAUGGUUCCAUAAUUUUGGAUUAUUAAUUCUUAACUUUAAAACUAGUUAUAAGUUUGGCUGUAAAUAGUUUUUUGCUAUACUAAGAACAUUUACUUUAUCAUUAGUCACCCUUAGAAAGUUUUUAGUUCAGUAAAUGAUUUGAUUGUGGUAUUCCUAUGUCAUAUUUUGAUCGACCAUGCUACUAUUCAAGUUGCCAAGCCCUUGUUAGUUUUUAAUGAAGAUUUUAAGCAUGUACCUUCCAGAUUAACAAACAAUUAGUCAAUUAUUAUCUGGACUGUUUGUUGCUUUAUGCAAGUGUGAUUUUGAUUUAUUUAAUCAAGUGUAGUGGAAUAGUUACUUAACUGAAAAAUAUACUGUUAUAUAUCACUAAUGAAAACAUAUGUUACUUCAUAACAGUGUUUUUAUCAGGAAUUAUAUCAUUUAACCAUUAAAGUCUGCAAGUUUUCAGUUACAUAUUUAAUUAUUUAUGUUUUAUUAUUUAAUAUUGUCAGUGUGUGUGCAUUUUGUAUUGUAUCUUGUUCAUAAACGUGUUGCCAUCCUCCUAGCAUAAAUUCAGGUUUUUUAACAUGCUUCUGUAUUGGUGUGGAUGUGUCAGAAAAUAUGUCAGUCAAAUAUGAUUUGGAAAACUAAUGGGUUUUGGCUUUUGCAAGUUGUUUUUUUUUUUUUUUUUUUUUUUUUAAAAAACAUACUGGAAGUGAAACUAAUUGAUAAUGCUUUGUUCCGUAAUUGUCUUCAAGGAUUUUCUUCUCUAAAAUUAUCUUGUACAAAAACAAUAACUACACAUUCUUUUAAAUUUGAUUUUGUAAUCUGGGAUAACGUACCGUAUUGAGUUUGCAGGGCCUACGAUUUGUGCUGAACACAGUAUGGAGACAAAAAAAUUCCAUAUUUUGAUGGAGUUGCAUUUCCUUUAAAAUUAUUUCCAUAAUUUGUGGCACUCAUUUGAGUUUUCAAAAUUUUAUAACUUGAAUAUUUUAACUAUUUUUGAAAUAUGACUAUUAUAUGGAUGUUCAAUGUCAUUUUGUAAAAUUUUUAAACAAACUUGUUUGUUUCUUUUAGGUAUUCCACUUUGGCUCUUAAGAUGCUGUUGAAUUGCCAACUAACUCCCUCUGAUUGUAAAGUACCCGUAAUAGAGUUAGCAUCUUGGUUACUACUUGCUUAGUUUUCUUAUCUUUUCAUAGAAGUACAUAUUUAAAAAUAGUUUUAUAUACAAUCUUCUAGGUUGUAUCUUUAAGAUUUGCUGCUUAAGUGCACAAUCAAUUUGCAUUGUAAUAAAAUCUGUUGUUUCUGUUAAAUACUUUGUUUAUUGUAUUUAACCACAAAUAAAUGUUUUAUGUUAAAUGUGUGAGAACUUAGUAUAAAUUUUAUACUUUUGUAAUAAAGACUGGAUUUUUAUAAA